UUAUGAUCCAGGGACUGGACUUGAGCUCACAUCUGGUGGUCCCCUUCUCCCGUGCUCCUGGGCACGAGCGUUCGAUAAAGGAUUUUUGAUCUAGGUGACACGAAGCCAGUUCUGGAGUGAGAGUAGCGCUCGGCUGGGGACGCUGCCUCAGGGUGACUUAAAUGUCCCAAGCUGGAAGCUGGAGAAAGAAGUGGAUGCCCCCAGGGCUCUGGGCCACCCUCGAGGAUGACGUCUCGGGAGCAGCUGGUACAGCAGGUGCUUCAGGAGCUGCAGGAGGCCGUGGAGUCCGAGGGCCUGGAGGGGCUCGUGGGUGCUGCUCUGGAGGCCAAGCAAGUCCUGUCGUCCUUCACCCUCCCCACCUGCCGAGAGGGGGGUUCCGGCCCCCAGGUGCUGGAGGUGGACUCCGUGGCCCUGAGCCUGUACCCGGAGGACGCUCCCCGGAACAUGCUGCCGCUGGUGUGCAGAGGCGAGGGCAGCCUGCUGUUCGAGGCCGCCAGCGUGCUGCUGUGGGGCGAUGCCGGCUUCAGCCUGGAGCUGCGGGCCCGCACGGUGGUGGAGAUGCUGCUGCACCGGCAUUACUACCUCCAGGGCAUGAUCGACUCCAAGGUGAUGCUGCAAGCCGUGCGCUACUCCCUGCGCUCUGAGGAAUCCCCCGAGAUGACCAGCCUGCCAUCCGCCACGCUGGAGGCCAUCUUCGACGCGGAUGUCAAGGCCACCUGCUUCCCCAACAGCUUCUCCAACGUGUGGCACUUGUAUGCCCUCGCCUCCGUCCUGCGGCGCAACAUCUACUCCAUCUACCCCAUGCGAAACCUCAAGAUCCGGCCCUACUUUAACCGCGUCAUCCGGCCCCGCCGCUGCGACCACGUGCCCGCCACGCUGCACAUCAUGUGGGCCGGCCAGCCCCUCACCAGCCACCUCUUCCGCCACCAGUACUUUGCCCCCGUGGUGGGGCUGGAGGAGGUGGAGGCCGAAAGUGACCCCGGCCUGGCCCCAGCGCCUCCAGCCCUGGCCCCGCUGCCGCCACCCGCCAAGACCCUGGCGCUGCUCAACCAGGAGCCCGGCCUCAGCUACUCCCACCUCUGUGAGCGCUAUAGCGUCACCAAGAGCACCUUCUACCGCUGGCGGCGGCAGUCCCAGGAGCACCGGCAGAAGGUGGCCACGCGCUUCUCCGCCAAGCACUUCCUGCAGGACAGCUUCCACCGCGGCGGCGUCGUGCCGCUGCAGCAGUUCCUCCGGAGGUUCCCCGAGAUCUCCCGCUCCACCUAUUACGCCUGGAAGCAAGAGCUCCUGGGCUCUGGCACUUGCCAGGCCCUGGCCCCCAAGGAGGUGCAGGUGCUGGAGGAGCUGGAGAGGCUGCCGGACGAGCCGAUCGCCAAGGGGCUGGGAUGCUCGUCGCUGGCCGUGUCGAGCCCUGGCAUGAUCUUAAUGCAGCGGGCCAAGUUGUACCUGGAGCACUGCAUCUCCCUGAACACACUGGUACCCUAUCGCUGCUUCAAACGCAGGUUCCCCGGCAUCUCGCGGUCCACCUACUACAACUGGCGCCGGAAGGCCCUCCGAAGGAACCCCGGCUUCAAGCCGGCGCCGGCCCUCUCCACGGCCGGGUCUCCCCAGCCAGCGUCUGUUCCGGAGGAGGCCCUGCUCCCUUGGAAGGGUGAGGUGGGAGAGGGGCCGGGCCAAGCGACUGCGGGGGGACCGCCGGCCCCCCGUGAGCCCCUGCCCCCAAAGGUGCCCCUGUCCCGUUGGCAGAGGCGUCUGCGCAGGGCUGCCCGCAAGCAGGUGCUGAGCGGGCACCUCCCUUUCUGUCGCUUCCGCCUCCGCUACCCCAGCCUGUCGCCCUCUACCUUCUGGGUCUGGAAGAGUCUUGCCCGGAGUUGGCCCAGAAGCCUGUCCAAAUUCCAGAUGCAGGCCCCCAGCUUGGGCAAAGAAGGGAUGGCAGCUGAGGAGAAGCAGGAGAAAGAAGCCUGCAGGGAUGUGACCGCUGUGACGGCCCCUCCUGUGGGAGACCCCCCGCGGGUGGGGUCUUCUCCAGGAGAGGAUCCGGGGAAAGCCCAGGGAGGGCCUUCCAGAGAGGGGGCCACCGCCCAGGGCCGGCCCCACAGCAGCCUCCCUGUGACCGAGGCGGCAGUGGGUGGCAGGGACGGCCAAGUGCUGGUGAUGGACAUGCUCGCCACCACAAAGUUCAAGGCCCAGGCCAAGCUGUUCUUGCAGAAACGCUUCCAGUCCAAGAGUUUCCCCUCCUUCAAGGAGUUCAGCGCCCUCUUUCCCCUCACUGCCCGCUCUACCUACUAUAUGUGGAAGCGGGCACUCUAUGAUGGCCUCACGCUGGUUGAUGGCUGACAAGGAGGUGUGAAGGGGGCUGGGAGGAGAGGGGACCCGUUUGCAGAGGGUCAGGGACCUAAGUUGACGCCUGGCUUGGCCAGGAUGCCCUUUGCUCUGGCUCCCACAGUGUCUGCCUUGACUCCAAGGGCAGCUUUGCGUUGUUUCUUGGCUCUCCGGCAGACAGAGCCCGAAAUCAGCCCUCUGGUCUCCUGUGGAGAGCUACAAGACCAGAAACGUUCUCCAUUUCAGUUGUUUGCCAUUCUUGCUUUUUAUUGUUGUCUUGGUUUUAGUUUGUUUUUGUUUUGAUUUAAGUGGAUUGGCUGGGCCCCCUGGCUGGUGUUGGAAACUGUAUGUUUGGGGUGGGGGUUUGGUUAGCUAAAGUUGCUUUCAGCUCUUCCUGGGGACGGAAGAAGUAUUGUAACAUGGCGAUCUGUCCCAUUAAGCAGAAUGUAGGUCUUCAGUUUCUUUUGGGGGUUGGCACCCUCCUUACUCAAAGCUGUUUCCCAAAGGAACAUUAGAAAUCAAACGUGGAGCAGGUCAGUGGCUUCUCUCUGGUGCCCCCAAAGGAGAGGGUGCCGGGCUCAGCAUGAGACGUGAGGGCAUACAGGAAGAACCUCUAGGGGAAGGCCCUGAACUGGAUCACGGAGGUGCUGGCCUGUCCCUUGCAAGGAGUGUGGUAAGGGGCUGGGGGAGGUGGCUUCGAGUCUCUGCUGGUGCUUGGCCCGUCUGCUGUGGACGCUUCAGUCCUCUGCCAGCCUGGUUGGCUCUUGGGGACCCUUGUCUUUCUGUCGAGUCCCUCCUCAGAGCCUGUGCCCCAUCAGUGAGAGACCAUACGGUGGCCAGGCAGGCGAGUAACUGAAUUUGCAUUGUCCAAGAGUCGAGUUGGAAAACCAAAGAAAUAAAGUGAUGUGGUGCCCAUAGCCCUUGGUCUCUGGUAUUUGUUUUGCCAGGAUGUGACUGCUUAUUCCCACAUUCCCUUUGGUUGGCGGAUGGAGGGGAUUACUCUGGGGAUUCUGUUUAGAAUCGGAUCUAGAGGUGACCUUGGGUGCUCUUCAGCUGGGGGUGGGGCCUGGAAAGAUACUCCUACCCAUGGGGGAAAAACUGGCCCACUAAGUGCCCCGGCAGCCAGCACAAGGGUCAAGUCAGGUCUGUGUCAGGCAUUCUCUUUAGUGCUUGUCAUGUACCCAGGCUCGGGUCAGGACACCUCGAGCCUCAGAGUGGCUAACUUUGCUAACCCCCUGCAGCGGGCUGAGCUUGAAGGCCAGACCUCAGCUUGUUAGGAUGUGGCAUCAGUGGCUGCUUUCCUCAUGGUCUUGGGGAGUCAUUCUUGGUUCUGUUUUUUUCACCCCCACAUCCAGUCUAUCAGCUGGUCUUGUUGACUGACUCCCAACUGUGCCCAGAACCCUCCCCCUCAUGCUGCUGCCACAUCCCCCCUCCUCUCUGUCUCCCUUCUGCUCUUGCCCCAUACAAUCCAUGCUCCAUAGAGCAGCCAGAGAGCGCUUAAAGUGAAAUUGUAUUCUUUCACUUUCCUAAGAUGUAUCCACGGCUUCCCUUCACUCUUAGAAUUCCUUGCACAGCCUGACAAAAAGCCUUCGUAAUCCAGCCCCUGGCUAGCUCUCCCUGCCUCUUGUCCCACUCUUGCCCUCACCCGCCACCCUCCAGCCACACUGGCUGCCUCAGGUCUUGAACAAGCUACACUUGGUUUAAGGGCCUUUCCAUUUGUUCCAUUGGAACAUCUUUACAUGGCAGCCUCCUUACUAUUCAGGUUUGAGUCACUGUUGCACUAUUCUUUUAAAUUCUCUGCUGCUUAUGAUGAUAUUUCUUGUUUAUUUGGUUAUUUGAGUACCCCACCCCCCAUGCCAUUAGAGUAUAAGCUCCAUGUAAAGCAGGGCUUUUUCCUGACUUGCUUACACACUGUAUUCCCAGCAGGAAGAUUAGUUCUUGGCACAUAGUAGGUGCUACAAUCUGUUUAAAGACGCAAUGAGGGGAGCCUGGGUGGUUCAGUCGGUUAAACAUCACACCCUUGGUUUUGGCUCAGGUACUAAUCUCACGGUUCGUGAGAUUGAGCUCUGCGUUGGGCUCUGCACUGACAGUGUGGAGCCUGCUUGGGAUUCUCUCUGUCUCUCUCAAAUUUAAAGAAACAUGGUGGGGGGGAUGAAUGAAAUGGGGACACUAUGCUUUUCCUGCUGUUGUCCUUUGGGAUUGGUACUCAAAUGUAAUCAAUCCUACUUCCUAAGUAUCUCUCAUUGGCCAUUGUUCUCCAUCCUACAGCAACCCCAUAAUCUAGGUCAGUGGGUGCUGUCAUCUCUGAUGCUGACUACCUCCAUUCAAACUAUCCCAUUCCAUCCUGACCAAUGCGGGAAUGAUCUUGCUAAAUCUGGCCUGCGAUGGCCACCUAUAGCCAGCAGGUGGCGAUCUGGUGCAGCAAGAGGCAAGUCUCUGGGUUCCUAGUAGGUACAACCAGGUCUGGCUGUUUCCAACCUCAGCCUAACUCCUCUUACUGCCUUAGCUGUCAGAGGGUGGUAUCAACCUCCCUCCUGAGAAGUGACCUGGUUGGGGCUCUAGAUUCUGUUUGUCCUUUCCAUGAGCUCUCAGAACCAGAGCAGAUCUGAUGUCCCCAGCAGUAUCUCAAAGGGGUCUAAAAACCACCUGGAUCUCAGUACCUGGGGGAGCUUAUUAGGAAUGUGGAUUCCAGGGCCCCACCCAGAUCCAAUGAUGGUCUUAGACAUUGAAGAGGCAGCAUAUGCACAUGGGUGAGUUAAACCUUGUACUUCACUUUCUCCAUCUGUGAAAUGGGGUUUACAUAGUAAGCACCAGAUGAGCAUUUGCUGUUGGUAACAAUGAUACCCAGUUUGAGAGCCCCUGGGAAGCUAAUGUCCAGGGAGAUUCUUGCUCAAGAUUGCCCUGUAAAUUAAAGAUCCUCCAUCCCCCAAACCGAAAGGUCCUUUUGUUCAAGGCCAGCUCUUCUGAGUCCCAAACCCAGAGGGAGAUACUUUAGCUUCUGUUGGGAACAAAAAUAAGAUUAAAAAAAAAUGAUAUGUCAGUAUUUAUUGAUUUGGAAAAUAUUUUAUUAGUAUGGUUAAAUUAUUCUGGUGUAGAAAAACCAUUUCCUUUGUAAUUGCUUAGAAAGGCAGAUUAUACCUAAACAGUGACUGUGUUUGCUAAGAAUACUUUAUGCUGAUUGCAAAGUUGACGUU